AUGCAGAACCCGUUCGGUGCCGGCCCGACGCCGGGGGCGACGACAUCGUACUUCAACCACGGCAACGAUUCGACAUCGCCCUCGCGGCCCACGACGCGCGAUGGCGGCUCCUCGGCCGUUUCGUCUGCGCUCGGCCUCUUGAGCCAGAGCCUGUCCAAGGAGCGCAAGGCGUCCUUUUCGCGCAAGGCCUCGCUUUCGGGCGCGCGGCGCCGUAGCAGCGUCUCCACGGCGGGCGGCGGCAGCGCGGCAGAUGCCGUCAUGACGGACGACUCGGCGCCGCCUGCGCUGCCCGACUAUGCUCUCGCGGCGGCGGUCAAGAUUGCGCCGCGCGACCCAGUGCGCAGUCCCAUCAGCCCCGACAGCGCGCCCUUUUCCGCCGUCAGCCGCUCGGCGUCGAGCACGGCAUUCAUGAUGCCGCCCCAGACGCCCUCGACAGCAACGGGCAUCAGUCCGACGCAGUGGAGGCAGAGCGAGGUGGCCAUGAUGCACCAGCAGAUUAUUGAGGCGGCGCAGAAGCGGAUAUCGACGCUGAACUACCUCCGCAAGGCUCACGAAGGCCGGGUGUACUGGUUCAACACAUAUUUGUUUGAAAAGUCCGACCUCAGCCGCAUGCCCGCGUACGACCCGCGCAAGCUCGCCCGCAAAGCCACCAACAUCCUCCUCCUCGGCGUGUCUAUCCCCACCAUCAACGACCUCUACUCGUCGACGCCUGUCGAGUUCCUGCGCUGCCUCAACAGCCUCUUCUCCGAGUUCGACUCCUUCCAGCAGCUGCACGGCGACUCGUCCUCGUCGCUGUCCCGCGCCCGACUGCCUAACAUGUUUCGUCGGCCGGGGGGCAAGUCGCGACGGUCGACGUCGACGGCCGACAUGUCGUUCACUGAGGACCAUAGCGGCCCUGGCGGCGGUCUACCCGCUACAGGCACAGGCGGCAGCGGACCCUCCGUCAUGAACUUUGCCGCGUCAGAGUCGGACCUCCUCCCCGGCGAAGAGUACACCUAUCUACUGACGCCGUCGCUGCCGUUUGACCCAGACUUUUUCGAGACGUUUGCUACGCUGUGCGAUGUGCUCAUCGACUCGUACAACCGGUUCCUGGCGCUUAUGCCCACGCCGCGAGAGUGCUCCGCGCCCGUGGCCGAGCUGUUUGCCAAGGCCGAUGCCAAAGUGCGGAAGCUGAUUGUGCAAAACAUUGUCAAAGACUUUGAAGAGCACAGCAAGGCGCACAUCAAGGCCGAGAUGGCCAACAUUGGCAAGGUCGUCUUGGGCGGGCUCAUGUAA